UUACGCCAUAUGAGAUGAUGUAUGGCAGGAAAGCUUUACUGCCCUGUGAGGAUGAUAGAGAACCAGAAACAGAUCUUGACGAUCUUUCUGAUACAGAUUAUGACUGCAAUUUCCAAAGAAGGGCAGACAAUAUGAAAGGCAUAUUUAAGACUGCAACAAAAAUAUUAUAAAGGCUCAGCUUAAGCAGCAACGAGAUUUUAAAACUCGUAAUGCUGCUAAGAAUGCACUCUAUCACAUAAAUGAUAAAGUGCUUGUAUGGAAUAAUCGUCAGGCUGACAGGAAAGGAGGGAAAAUGUUGCAGCCUUGGGUAGGUCCUUAUACAAUUGUUAAUAGCAAUGUAGAAUUAUCUUCUUCAAUAGUAAAAAAUUUACAUACUAAGGCUAAUAUAAGUAAUUUAAAGCACUAUAUAGAGGGUAACAAAGAUACAGUCAAAAAAAUUGCACAUUGUGAAACUAUAGAGGGUGUUCAAGAUCAAGUUUGUAGGCUUCUUAAAACUAUAGUUGGAGAAGGAGAAGAAGAAGCACUAUUUGAAGAAAUGUCCUGUGGAAUAAAAGUUUCAGGAGAAAGAUUGGAAUUUAGAAAGGAGGAUACUAAAAUAAAACGUGUCAAGAGAAAGGAUACUUUUGGUGAAUAUCCAAUAAUAGCUAUUAAAAGUAUAGUGAGAGAGGAAGGAUAUAUAGGUGUACAAGAUCAGGAUGACCAAAUUAUUGUGGAAGCAAUAAUACCAAAGAAAAUUGGUGAACUUUUUCUGCCACAACAAGGAACUGGAAGGUAUAUCACUCUAAACUUCAAUUUCAAAGUAAUUGGAUGUUAUCCCAAGAUAAAAUGUGGUAUAUUAAAAGAGAUUUUCACAACCGAUCAUAUUGUGGGUGAUGGGAACUGUUUUUUUAGGUGUAUAAGUCAAGAGAUAUCAAAUAGCCAGGAAAAUUAUAAUUACCUGGGGGAGGAAUGCGUUCUUUUUAUGAGGAGACGAAGAUUUCAAAUUGGAAAUGGGAAAAUUUAUAGGAUAUCCUGUAGAGGAAUACCUAGUUAACAAAUGUUAUGGGAAAGGGUGUCUAAGCAACAGAUAUAGAAAUAUUAUCUAUUGCCACAUUGUUUCAGACAAAUAUAUUAAUCUA